GCCCCGCCUCACCCCGGGAAUAAAAUCCCCCGCUCUCUUCUCUUCUCCCCCUCGCAUUCGCUCGCACUCGGCUUCGUCUCGCCUCGCCUCGCCUCGCACGCAGCACAGCUCGAGCGGACGCGACCCCAUGGCCAUGGACGACCUCGUCGCCGGCUCCUCCUCCACCUCCUACAUGGACUCCGUCGCCGCGGACCCGUCGCACGGGUGGCAGAAGGUGACCUACCCGAAGCGCCACCGCAAGCAGCAGCAGGCGCCCCCGGCCCCCGCCGCGGCGCCCGAUCUGGCCAACGGCAAGGUCAACGUGUUCGAGGCCGUCGACAGGAACGCCGAGAAGCGGCACCGCGCGCUGCUGGCCGCGAGGGACGCGGCGGCCGACCCGGACGCGCGGAUCGCGGCCGCCACGGCGGGGUACUCCGACGACGACGACGACUCCGACGAGGCGGCCCCGGCUCGCCCCGAGGGGGAGGUGAAGAAGCCCAAGGUGAAGAAGCCGAAGAAGCCCAAGGUGACGGUCGCCGAGGCGGCCGCUUCGAUCGACGCGGAGGACCUCGCGGCGCAUCUCGUGCAGAUCUCGGAAAAUUACGACAACCAACAGGAUAUCCAGCUCAUGAGAUUUGCUGACUACUUUGGCCGGGCAUUUGCAAGCGUGAGUGCCGCCCAGUUCCCCUGGGCGAAGAUGUUCAAGGAAUCACUAGUGUCCAAGAUGGUUGAUAUUCCCUUGUGCCAUAUUCCCGAACCAGUUCGUAGCACAGCGAGUGAUUGGAUCAACCAGAGAUCUCCCGAUGCCCUUGGAGAUUUUGUCAUGUGGUGUAUAGACAACAUCAUGUCUGAACUGUCAGGUCAAGCAGUGGGCACCAAGUCUUCAAAGAAGGCUGCCCAGCAAACUCCAAGGGCCCAGGUUGCAAUAUUUGUUGUGCUUGCCAUGACUGUAAGAAGGAAGCCAGAGGUACUAAUAAACGUCAUGCCAAAAAUAAUGGGAAACAAUAAGUAUCUUGGGCAGGAAAAGCUUCCGGUCAUUGUCUGGGUUAUUGCUCAGGCAUCUCAAGGAGACCUAGUGACUGGAAUGUUUUGCUGGGCUCAUUUCCUGUUUCCCACAUUGUGCGCUAAGGCUAGUGGGAAUCCCCAGUCGAGAGAUCUAGUUCUGCAGUUGCUUGAAAGAAUUUUGUCUGUUCCCAAAGCUCGGGGCAUCUUACUGAAUGGUGCUGUUAGAAAGGGGGAACGCCUGGUUCCCCCUGUUACAUUUGAUCUGUUCAUGAGAGCUGCACAUCCUGUUUCCAGUGCUCGUGUCAAGGCUACAGAAAGGUUUGAAUCAGCAUACCCGACAAUCAAGGAGUUGGCCCUUGCUGGUCCUCCUGGUUCCAAAACUGUGAAACAAGCAGCGCAACAAAUUUUGCCAUUGUGUGUGAAAGCAAUGCAAGAAAAUAAUGCAGACCUCACCAGGGAGGCUGCUGAUGUAUUCGUUUGGUGCUUGACUCAAAAUGCAGAGUCCUACAAACAGUGGGAAAGACUUCAUCCUGAAAAUAUUGAAGCAAGUGUUGCCGCACUCAGCAAUAUAGUCAUGCAUUGGAGCGAGCUGUCUUCUAAGCUCAAUGCUGAGUCUCUUAAGGUGACUCUGAAGAACUUAAAGGCUAAGAAUGAGGUGGCUCUAGAAGCAGCAACAGACUCUGGAAAGCAGGCAUCUAUCAAAGAGGCGGACAAGUACUGCAAGGAGAUCCUUGGAAGGUUGAGCCGCGGCAAAACCUGCCUGAAGGGAAGCCUGCUGGUCAUUGCCCUCGCUGCUGCUGCUGGGUUUCUGCUAUCUGAUAACCUGGAGAUCCCAUCCGACUGGGAGAAGAUCCAGGCCAUGGUGUCGUCCCACCUGUCGUUCUAAAAACAUAGUGUCCAGCAGUUGAUAAAAGCUUAUACAGACAAUCCAAAGGAGAUGAAGAAGAUUCUAGGAGUGAAGAAGAGGCCGGCGCCAUGGAAGGCUAAUAAGCAGGGUAGGUCCUAGAAAAGAAAAUACAGUUGUCACCUUUUUCGCAUCUCCUCCCAAAGCCCGUAGUUGGGAGGAGAUGCAAGCAACUUUGCAGAGAGUUAAAAAAAAAGUUAAACCGGGUUAGACUUGAUCUGUCAGAGAAGAAGGAAAGGUUGGGCCAAAUGGUUCGGCCUGAGGACUAACACCCCACCCCCUCUUUUGCUUAUCUCGUUUUUGCUGCAUCUCUGAUGACGAGAAACAGUUUUGCUUCUUUGUUUAUUUUUAUUUUUCUUUUUGUUUAGUUUCUGAAUCUUGUUUGCUUUUACCAACAUGCCAUGUGUGUUGCUGAAUCAUCUGUACUUGCUGCUGUGGAUACCGUAUCCUAUCCUGCCGUGCUGUGGUGUAGUAUGAUUCGCAAA